CAUGCUCGGCAAGCUCUUCUCGAACGCGGCCUCGAGCCUAACCCCCUCGCGCGGCUCUCCCUCGCCCUCCCGACCAACCUCCUCCCUCGACUCCGUCCAAGAGGACAUCCACACGCGCAACCUGAUCUUCCCCGACGCCGAGGCGCUGUACGCCCACCAGCACGACCAGGUCUUCCCCAUGACCUCCUCCACCGUCAGCAUGCUCACCGCCGCCCCGGCCGCUUUUGAUACGAAUCCCGAGAUCGAGCUCGAGACCCGCGAUGUUAGGGUUGUGGUUAUGCAGGAGGCGACGUCGACGUUUAAUACUGCGGCGCUAAUGUACGACAGCCACCCCCACCUCGACGCGCCCGCCUGCCCCGUGCUGAACAACAGCUUCGCGACAUCUGGGCGCGGCGGCCGCGGCGCCGGUGGAGGGGCAAACACAACCGCCACCGCGCGCCGCACGAGCAUCGGCGCCAAGCCCGUGGUAAUCACCCAAGAAGCCCCCCGCUUCGGCGCCUUCGACCGGCGCCCAAGCGCGCACUCACGGCAGGGGAGUUACGUAGAAACAGAGGGCCAGCGAACGAGCCGCGAGUACAGGGAGGAGAUCGCCACGAUAGCGAAUUGCAUGUUCGGCGCCAGCGACGUCAUGGCGCACAAGGGCACGGGGAGUAAAGUGCACAUCCUCCCCACGGACCCGCGGGGCGCCACGCAGUACCCGUUUGAAGGGCAUGGGUCGCUCGGCCGGUCGAGUAUGCGGAGUGGGAGUCGGCUGGCGCAGAGUUUUACGUCGGAGAGUGUGGGGAGGGGGGAGGGGAAUGGGGGGGGAAGGAAGAGGGUGCUUGUUACGAGGAUCUUUCCGGUGCCGUUGUUGAGUGAUGAGGAGGAGGAGACGCCGGGGGCGUUUGAGGGGCAGGGGUUUCCGUUCCCGAAGGCGGAGGAGGGGGGGAGGGAGAGGGAGAAGGAGAGGAAACCGAAGCAGAAGCGGACGCCGAUGUAUGCGAUUGGGCUGGUGAUUCAGCUGCCGGCGACGCAGAAUUCGCCAUCGACACCGCGAUCGGCGUACCGCGGCGUCGGGUCAUAUGCAGAGAAUGAGUUGAUUUCGUCGUCGUUCAACUCGCUCCGGCCGAGCUGGACGGUCUUGGGAUCGGGAUUUGGCGUGGAGUCGCUAGAUUCGUCGUUCAUCAGCGACGUAGAUGAUCGAAUCGACAUGGUAACCCAACACUGGGACAUCACAAUCCGCACCCUUGACCACCUCCAAGCCGUCGCCUCAUCAGACAUCAUCGUCCUCCUCAAACAAGUCGACGUCGCCUCCCCCGACCCAACCGGAGGCCGCGGCCCCCACCACACCCGCACCGCCAGCAUCUCCGUAUCCGGCAAGCGCGUCGAAGAGAACAUCAAGCCCCUAAAGCCCAUCCGCACAAACAUCAAGACUGUGCAAUUAAUGCCCUACGCCCUGGCGCGCAACCACAAGCUCCGCGCGGAGAUAGAAUACGCGCGCCAUCGCAUCGUGGGGGGGAUCAAGAACCUCCAGGUCAUCACGCGGCAGGGCCGAUGGGGGAUCUGGCGCGAUGAGGCGAGGUGGAUGCGGAGGUGGGGGGGGGGGAAGGAACAGGGGUUUUUCUUUUAUAACCUCCUCACUGUCUUUCUGGGGACGCAUACGGAGUGGCUCGAAGCGAUUGGACCGACAUGGUAUAGGAGAAGGAAUUACAAACAGCAGCGCGGCGGCGGGCGGGAUGAGGAUAUGCCGAUUAAAGCGCGGACUAUCAUCGUCGCUGCGGAUAAGAUGGCUGCGCGCAGACUUAUCUUCUUGUUGUCGGCGUUUUUGCCGAAUAAUCAACAUCAUCAGGUUCCCUUUGUUCGCCAGUUCCGACCAGGGACAUCGGUUGGGGGGGCGUUCUCGCAGUCCCCGCCGUCGUAUGUACCGCUUAAUCUGCGCGAAGAGUCGCUGAGGAGACGCGUCAAUAGACCAAAAGUCAAAACCACGAAUCCAGCACAACCAGCUCCCUCCGACGCGCCCUCCCUCCCCCCCGGCGCCCUACCGGUUCCAACCACAUACAACCCAUCCCGCCAACCCGGCCUCGCCACAACCUCCACCGCAACCCCCAUCCCGGCUCUCCCGCACUUCUCAACCCGUCGCCCUGUGCGCGGCACCGGACCCGAGCCUCGACCGGGGAGUAGCGGCAGUCUCGCAGCAGACGACCUGAUUCGGAGUUUGAAGAGGGGCGAUACGGGCGGGAGUGGUGUGAGUGAGGAGAGCUCGUCGCGCUGGAGUGGGGUGUUGGAGAGUUUGUGGGGGGGGAAGAGGAGGGGGAGUACGGAUGUUACCCUCUCCAGCCAGGGGGGGGAGGAAAGGCCGAAGUUGCAUGCCCAGCGCCGCGAGGAGAGGAAGGGGGUUGUCGACAGAGAAGGCGUUAUGAGGGAAAUGACCAGCACCACAGCCCCCCAACCCGUCGCACCACACCCCCCCUCUACCUCCUCCUCAGCAACGCAACCCAUCCACCCCUCCGGCGCCUACGAAUCCCCCGUCAAAACAUCCAUAACCGAAGACGGCGUAAUCGACAUCGACGUCCCCCUCCCCUCUCUCUUCGCCUCCUUAUCCUCCGCGCUGUCGUCGCCGUGCUCAUCCGGUAUCAUGUCCUGUGCCGGUCUGGGAGGGAUGGGGGGGGAUUUAGAUGGCUUCGAGAAUUAUACACGCUCCGAGGGGGGGGAUGAGGGGGCGCUAAAUGUGGGGGGGUGGGUGGGGAGGUUUCAUCCGGAUUUUGUGUUGCAGGCUCUUCCGUCUUCUACCUCUGAUGCUGCUCCAACCAGCACCGUCGCUGGAGGAUCAAAUCCGCGCCACCAUGUCCGCAGAACCCACCCCCCCCCCCCGGUAUCAGCCACGCGAAAUGGGGAAGAAGAGCGAUGGAUUACGGUUUCUACCGCCCUCAUUGCUGAUACGGUGGCGUUCACACUCAAACGCCUCAUUUUGCGGCGGCUAAUCCGUCUCCCCACAUCCCCUCCCCCCUCAGCGGGUGAAUCAGCAGGGAACUCCUACGAUGGUCGCGCGAGUAUAUACGGAAACCCUUACCUAGGUAUGCUGGGGUCACAAAGCCCAGCGGAGGGGGGCAGGGGUGGGGAGGUAAUUAAGGAGGAGUGGGAGGUGGAGAUGUGUAUCUCCUUCGACACUGCUUUGAUCGAAGCUGUUGAGAAAGUGAUGGCUUCUCCCGCUGGGGUGGCGGGUGCGCAGACGGGAGCGCCAGGGUUGGGGACGGGGGGGCAGAAACAAAGGUCAGCUCGGGCGAGUAAGAAUCCGAGCGCGGGGAGCUCGGCGGGGAGUUCGCGAAGCGGAAGCCGAAUCCGCGUCGUCGUUCCUGCGCCUUUACCUUCCCCCGCGCCUGUUCUCGUUUCUCAACCCAGUUCCUCCUCCGCUAGUGCUGGCCCCUCUGUUCCUGCUGGUACCGGUAAUGGCAGCGCAGCAGCGGCAGCAGGACCAAGCAGAGGAGAAGUUGGGAGAGGGGAAAUUGGGAGGACAGAGGAAGUGAAAGAAGAAGAAGUUCCCCGCUCCGAAGUCCGCACGGUCCUGUUGUCUGCGCUAGAGGGUAUUGCGAACGAAGUGGCGAAUUCGAGACCGGCAGCUGGGGUGGGGGGGGAGGGAGAGAGUUUUUUGAGGGAGGGGGUGGGGAGGUGGCUGGAGGCGGUUGAUGAGGGGCUUCUUGGGUGA